CGAAGAGCUAAAGGUGAUUGUAUGAGAUAGUGCAAUUGUUAAUGUAGCAUGUCGAUAUCCAUUGUUAAUACUUAUUUUCUUUUUAUUCAAACAUGCAUCUAAAGGACAAGAUCCAAGUCGAUUGGAAAUGUUUCGUGCAUGUUUCUCCAAAGAUGGAACUACCAAAAAUUUGGAAGCUUCAAAUGCAAUUGCACAGAUGCAACAACUUAGUUCUAAUCUUCCCGAGGGAUCGAUCGAUAAGCCUAAGCCUGGACCAGAUGAUGUUUUUUCUAAAGUAAUGGGUAUUGACCGAAAUGGUGAUGCGGUUAUGUAUGGUCUGGGUGUUCGUGCUGCUGAUGUUUGGGGUGUAAUACCAAGUCGUUCAGCAUGUCAUAGAGAAAACAACCAAUUGAAGUCUCAAUGUAAAGAACUUACUAGUACUGUGGUCCAGUUACGAGCCCAAGUAUCAGAGAUGGAAGGGUCGAGGGGUGGUUCCAAUGUUCAACCUCUUGCAUCACAACAUUUCCCCAAUGUAACCAAUGGACAUCAACGUUUACGGGUCGGAGAUGAAGUUUUCCUCAAAAGCAUUCUAAACUCUACCGAGAUUGUAGCAAGAGGAAGGGUCCAGAGCUUGGACCCAAAUGAUCUAAUUGGUGGUACAGAGAUUGGACUAGAAUGGUGUGAGGUAAACGUUCAAGUACCAAUAAAAAAAGAUGAAAACUUGGUAAGACCAUAUGGUUUAUUUUCUACAAUUCAAGAUUGUAUUGGUGCAUCCAUUGCAUGGCCCUAUCCAUUCAUCUCAGUAUUCAAAGGUGAAAGGUGA